AUGGCAAGCAUCGACCAUGGUAACCUCGUCACUCCCGACGAUGUCCUCCGCACCCUGCCCAAUGGCCAGCCACUCGUCAUCAGUCAAUAUUAUGCUGCUGGCGAAACCAGUGGCGUCGUGGUUCUAGCAGUGAUAUCGUGCACCUCUGCGAUUGCAGUCGCUUGUCUGCUUACUGCCAUUGCCAUCUCUGCCUGGAAUACUCGGAAAUUGUCCUCGCCAACUCUAUUCGUGCGCAGCCAUGUCGCUGCGUACUUUGUUUCCCUAUUGCUUUGCGAGAUCGUGCAGACCAUCGGGUCUAUCAUGAGCAUCCGAUGGGUUCAGGAGAGGGCUGUGUCAUACGGGCCGUACUGCACAGUCCAGGGUGUGCUCAAGCAGAUAGCAGAUGUUGGCACGGCGUAUUGGUACAUCAUCGCUCUGAACACCUUCUGUAUCCUUUUUCUGCGAUGGAGGCUCGGAAGAUAUGUGCUCAUCUCUACGAUGAUCAUCGGGUGGUCAACCAUCGGCGCCAUCAUUACCUCGGGCCCCACGGCCAUCCAGCGAGUCGAUGCCGGACCAUUCUGCAAGUCGAACUUCUAUGGUUAUGCGAUAUCCGGGUACUGGUGUUGGAUCUCUGAUCAAUACCCAUCCGAACGUAUAACGCUCGACUACCUGAUUAUGUUCCUAUCUGCACUGCUCAGUUUCGUUAUGUACAGCCUGGUGUUCCUUCGCCUUCGCGGCAACAUCCUUGUGCACGGAUGGCACAUAAGUUUCCACUUGCGUCCCGAAUGUUCUGAGGGUUCGCCCAAGAGCAUCGACACGCAUGUCAUGAACAUUGCCAAGGGCAUGCUACUAUAUCCGGUGGCAUACACAAUUUUAUUGCUUCCGAUCGCCAUAUGUCGCUUCGCAGAAUGGACUGGGCAUAACGUGUCAUUCGCUGCGACCAUCUCCAGCGAUGCCAUCUUCCUCCUGUCGGGAAUCGUCAACGUGGUAUUGUUCCUGACGACGAGACGCGUGCUCCCCCUGCACAGUGUUCUGCCAAAGACAGUCAGCUCACUGUUUCGCUCGUCCAAUGCCGAUCAGUCCUCUCCUCGAUCCAGCACCUUCUCUGCGAGCAGCUUCUCCAACGACCCAGAAAAGUCGAUUUUAUCCUGCGAGGAGAGUAUACGUAUGCAAAACUCCUUCCCGCCUCGCUCCGCACUGCCCAACGCAGUCCCGACGCGGUACUCUGCAAACAGGCCCGAUUUUGCGAUCGACUCUGCCACAUCCGAGGCAUAUGGGCGCAUCUCCCAGGACAGCUCGUUUGAUGAGGUUAAUAUCACGAGCGCCUCGUAUUACCGGGGCGGGAGCUCCAAGUAG